AUGAGCAACGUAACAGAAUUCGUCCUGAUGGGCCUGACUCACAAUCCAGAACUGCAGAAAUUCUUCUUUGUUGUGUUUUUAAUCACCUAUUUUGUCACAUUGGCAGGUAACCUGCUCAUCCCGGUCAUCAUCUUCAUCAGCCCCACCCUGGGUUCUCCCAUGUACUUUUUUCUGUCUUAUUUGUCCAUCAUAGAUGGUUUCUACUCUUCUUCCACAGGACCCAAAAUGAUCUUUGACUUGAUCUCUGAGAAGAACACAAUAUCCUUCAGUGGCUGCAUGACUCAGGUCUUUGCUGAACAUUUCUUUGCUGCAGCUGAGAUCAUCCUGUUAAUUGUCAUGGCCUGUGACCACUAUGUAGCCAUCUGCAAGCCCUUGCACUAUACAACCAUCAUGAGCCCACCUAUGUGUGGAUUCUUGGUGGGGAUGGCUUGGAUUUUGGGAUUUGUUCAUGGAGGGGUUCAGAUUUUGUUCAUGGCCCUGUUACCAUUCUGUGGUCCCAAUGUCAUUGACCACUUUAUGUGUGACUUAAUGCCUCUUCUGGAGCUGGCCUGCACAGACACGCACACUUUGGGGCCCCUGAUUGCUGGAAACAGUGGGUCACUGUGUUUGCUCACUUUUUCUAUGCUGCUUGCUUCCUAUGUCAUUAUACUGUGCUCCCUGAGGACUCACAGCUCUGAAGGGCGUCGCAAAGCCCUGUCUACCUGUGCCUCUCACAUCACUGUUACCAUCUUAUUCUUUGUACCUUGUUCAUACUUGUACCUCAGACCCCUGACCUCCACCCCUGCUGACAAGGCUGUGACUGUGUUUUGUACCCUAGUAACACCUAUGUUGAACCCUUUAAUUUACACCCUCAGAAAUGAAGAAAUGAAAAAUGUCAUGAAGAAGCUCUGGGGGCAAAUAAUGAAAACUGAUGAUAAAUAA